AUGUCAUAUGCUAAUCGUCGUCGUUCCCGUUCCCGUUCGAGGGACCGUUACGGCGGUAACUUCAGGGGUGGUUAUGAUACUGGUGGCUUCGGAGGUGGUGGCUUUGGUUAUCCUGGAGGAGGAGGAGGGGGAAGCACCUCUUUUAUGAAUUCUGGUCUCGGGGCUCGAUUGCAUUCUCAAGAUUGGAGCCACAUCCAAUUGACUAAGUUUGAGAAGAAUUUUUAUAUCGAGCAUCCCAAUGUAAGCCGCCUUACUCCUGAGGAGGUUGAUAACAUCAGACGGCAACACGACAUCACCAUUGUGGCUGGCCGCAAUGUCCCCCGCCCUGUUGUUACUUUCGAGCAAGCUGGCUUUCCUGAUUACAUCCUGCACGAGCUCGCCCAAGCUGGAUUCGUUGCUCCUACUCCUAUUCAAAUACAAGGUUGGCCAGUUGCUAUGUCCGGUCGUGAUAUGGUUGGUAUCGCUGAAACUGGGAGUGGCAAGACUCUGGCCUUCCUACUACCUGCUAUAGUUCAUAUAAACGCUCAACCGUAUCUACAACGUGGUGAUGGACCUAUUGUCCUCGUUAUGGCUCCAACGAGAGAGUUGGCAGUACAAAUCCAAGAGGAAUGCAAUAAAUUCGGCAAGUCAUCUAAGAUCAAGAACACCUGUUGCUAUGGUGGAGUUCCUAGAGGGCCUCAGGCUCGAGAUCUGUCGGAGGGGGUUGAGAUAUGCAUUGCCACUCCUGGCCGACUCAUUGACUUUUUGGAGUCGCAGAGAACCAACUUGCGCAGAGUUACUUACUUGGUCCUGGACGAAGCCGAUCGUAUGCUGGAUAUGGGCUUUGAACCGCAGAUUCGCAAGAUCACAUCCCAGAUCCGUCCCGAUAGGCAGACGUUGUUGUGGUCGGCCACAUGGCCUAAAGAGGUGCAAGGGUUGGCUAGGGACCUGUGUCGUGAGGAACCAGUUCAUAUUAAUGUUGGUACUCUCACUCUCAAGGCCUGUCAUAAUGUAACGCAGUAUGUGGACGUUGUCCAAGAGUAUGAGAAGAGGGACAGGCUGAAAGUCCUUCUGGAAAGGGUCAUGGACGGCUCCAAGUUGCUCAUUUUCACUGAUACUAAGAGGGGAGCCGACGACCUCACUAGAACACUGAGGAUGGAUGGUUGGCCAGCUCUUUGCAUUCACGGUGAUAAGAAGCAGGAGGAACGAGAUUGGGUGCUCCAUGAGUUCAAGUCGGGGAAGAGCCCUAUUAUGAUCGCUACUGAUGUCGCUAGUCGUGGACUAGAUGUGAAGGACAUACGCCAUGUUGUUAACUAUGACUUUCCAGGCCAAAUCGAGGAUUAUGUCCACAGAAUUGGUCGUACGGGACGAGCUGGGUGCAAGGGAAAUGCCUAUACGUUUUUCACUCCUGAUAAGAUCAAGAUGGCUAGGGACCUGGUUCAGAUCCUCCGCGAGGCAAACCAAACUGUCUCGCCCGAACUUGAACGCCUCUCAUUAACAGUUGGUGGCUUUGGAGGCGGCGGUAGGCGAUGGGGAGGGGGAGGGGGAGGAGGGGAGGAGGUUAUCGUCGCUACUAGAAUGUAA